AAUAUGUUGAUAUAAAAUAUUCCACGUAAACUUGUUCUGAUUUUCUCUGUCUCCACGUGUACUCCACCAAAGUCGCGUUUCUUCCCAGACCCACUCGUCCUAGCUCAUAAAUUUAUUUAUUUAUGAUAACAAAGCUCAUAAAAAACUUACAAUAAUGGGAAAUUGGGUGAAAAUGCCCCCUCUCCACUCCACGGUGAACUUAUCCUCAUCAAACUACUCAUGAAUGUAUUUUUUGUCUGUGAAUCUCGUCACCAUGUCGAAAUUGAAUCUGUGACAGUGUGGAUUAGAUUAUCCCCUUUGCCACUCUUUGAUUCUCUCCGUCAUUGUCUCUACCUGUUUCAGCCUUUUCUCUUUUGUGGACUCCAACCGUUUGAAUAAGUGCCUCAAAGAGUCAAAAACGAAAAGAACAAAAAAAAAAAAAAAAAAAAAUGAUACCAAAGCCACUGCGAACGUUAGGCACCGGCGCUGCUAUCAUUCUUGGUGGAAUACUAACUCUUAAUCUUGCUUCCUCCGCUACUAUCAGAGCGAUUCGUCUCACCAACGAAGCAAAACGGAGAAAGAUCGCAUUGCCUUGUGGCGUUUGCAGAGGCAAAGGGUUUUAUAUAUGCAAAUUGUGCAAAGGAAAUGCCACCAUAAGUUGGUCGCCUUUGUAUGACCCUGUUGCCAUCAACCCUUGCCUUUGCCCUACUUGCGAUGGAAACAGGGUACAGCGUUGUCUUAAUUGUCUAGGGAAGGGCUAUGAUUGACAUGCUUGAGAGGCAGUCUAGAAUUUUGCGAGUGAGUUGUAUUUGCUGUACGUUGGAGACCACAUUUUGCGUUACAUUCAGUUGCAUUUCAGCUCAUACUUCUUUCUACCAAUCAUUGGUGCUUCAACUUGAUUUCUAUGAGUCAUGUUACCAAUUAUUCAUCAGAUAAUUGUGUCAUGUUGUCCCCAAGUAACCCUAGCCUUGAACAUCUUCUCGUCGUUGUAUCUUUUAUACGUGUCUCAAGCUCCCAGUUAUAGAGAAUACUUUUGGAUUUGGUA